ACACACACACACACACACACACACACACACACACACACACACACACACACACACACACACACACACACACACACACACACAGGCGAACAUGCUGGAUGCAGCUCCCACGCGGGCAGGUUGGUUGAUGUUUGGCAGAGCGGACGACUGUUCGCUAUGAAUGUAUCUUUAUGUAAGGAGGCUCACGCCCACGUGCAGCACCAACAGGGAAGCCUUUCAACCAGCCCCUGCUCUGCCUCGGACCCCCUCCGCCGCUGCUGAACUGGGCGCCCGCUUACGUGCAUGGUUGACGAUCAACACCACUCUGAUCCGUGUUCUCGGAUCCAGCGGGCCUGAUAUGUUAUAGCAGAGCAGAGUCUGGGCCGGACGCUAAAGACUGCAAGGGGGCGGAGUCAGGCCCUGUUUCCUGUUGGGUUACGGAGAUAUUCUACCGACGGAAACUCAUUUGCGGUUGCUUUCAGAAGGGGGUUUUAAUAAGUGUAUUUCUACAGCCGCCAGUCUAUACAGUGUUGAUGGGAAACCUUUACAGAACACUUUUUUAAUGUUUACUACUGCUGGCCAAGUUUGUGUGUGCUGAUGAUAUCCAAUCACAAAUGCUAAGAGAUGCCCACCUCCUGCCCCCCGAUUGGUCGAAACUAAUAUGGAACGAAUGAACCCAGUUCACCAUGAAUUUAGCUUGACUGCUAUAAUGCAUGUUUAUUAUAUUUAAUUACAUCGUCAUUGUACUAUUAUAGCCCAUAUUUCCUGUCCAAUAACCAUAAAAUGCUACCUUAUCGUAUUACUAUGUAUUUAUCUAGCAGAGGGUUUUAUCCAAAGUGACAGUGAACUCAGGUAAAUGUCAUUAAGAGCAGGCAGGGUUAAAGCUGUGUUGGACACCAUGUGACCGCUGAAGAAGCCCUCUGAUUGAGACAACUGUCCGUGGCAGGGUCGGAACAUACCAUUGAAUCAGAAUAAUCCAUACGUUAGGAUGGCUUGUGUAACUUGAUGUACAACACUCGAACCAAGUGCCUCCCACACCAUAUUAAACCCUACAUUGAAAUCUGCUGCGCAAAUCAAGAGAACCUGGCCCGGGCCAGACCAUAAUAGCAGCAGUAACCACGGUGAAAAGCCAAUAGAACCACAACCACAUUUAGGUCAGUCCUCACGAAGCAAUUGAGCAGCUUUUCCCUGGGAGUGCACGUUCAUGUCAAGCUACCGGCCAAUCAGCAUUGGCCUGGCUGUUGAUGGACACUGGCCAUACCCAAUCCCUGAUCGGCUUGGGUCUCGCCAGGGCCCGGUCUGUCUUUCUCUCUCUGUUUCUUCAAGUCCACAUUCCUGAUCGCUUAACAACAUGGAAAACAUGGAAAGCAUCAGCUCCAAUUCAUGUUCUAGCUCUCAGGGUAUGCGUGUGUGCGUGUGAGGCUGUGCGUGCAAGUGUGUGUCUGAAUGUCUCUCUACAUCUGUAUGUGUGUAUAUAUGCAAAUGUGUGUGUGUGUGUGUGUGUGUGUGUGUGUAUAGGGUUGUGUGUCUACAUAUGUAUGUGCGUAUAGAUGCAAAUGUGUCUGUAUAGGAGGAUGUUAUGUUUGUCAUGUGUGUGUGUGUGUGUGUAUGCAUUUGUGUCGAUAUUAGUGUGGUGUAAUGCAAAUGUAUUUGUAUGCAUGCCUUAAUGUGUAUAGUUGUAAAAGUAUAUGUUUGUGUGUGUGUGUGUUUGUGUGUGUGUGUGUUUGUGUAUAAUGUGUUUGGGACUGUGUGAAUGAAUGUGUGUGUGUGUCUGUUUGUAUGUGUGUAUUUGGGAAAAUUGUGUUUGUGUGUGUAUAGUUGAACAAAAAAACAAGCUAGCCUAAAGUUAACGUACGCAGUGCUAAAAAUACAGCUGGUCUAUUUUUAGACCAGCUAGUUCCCCAGACACCGCCGUCAGAGGCCUGCUCGACUACAAGAUGACCCAGUGUGUGUGUGUGUGUGUGUGUGUGUGUGUGUGUGUGUGCGUGGGUAUGUGUGUGUGGCAUUUGUAUAUGUGUGGUUGUGUGUAUGUGUGCGUGUGUGUCUAUAUGUUGCAAUAUAAGCCCACAGGAGAAUAGAAAACUCGAAAUUAGAACAUGGAGGAAAGAAUUAUGCAACUUCAGCAGUGUGUCUGUGUGUGUAUGUGUUUGUCAGUGUGUGUGUAUUUGAGAGAGAGAGAGAGAGAGAGAGAGAGAGAGAGAGAGAGAGAGAGAGAGAGAGAGAGAGAGAGCAUAAUUCUCUGUUUGACUGCACCCUGGUUUCUGUCAGGUGUUAAGGAAACGUUGAACAUUGGAAACACACACACACACACACACACACACACACACACACACACACACACACACACACACACACACACACACACACACACACACACACACACACACACACACACACACACACACACACACAUACAGAAAAUGUACCUCCCUUUUGCAACCCACAAUCUUAACACUUUUUGGUGCAGUUCUAGUAUGUGUGUGUGGGUGUGUGUUUCUCUCUAUCACUGAAUGUCAUUUAAUUUAGAAUUUGUCAUGUCUUGAGUUGUGUGUGGAACUGUGUGCAAGUGAAUGUGUAUUGUGUGUCUGUGAUGAGUAUCUGUGCGUGAAUGUCUGUAUAAAGUGUAUGUGUGUGUGUGUGUGUGUGUGUGUGUGUGUGUGUGUGUGUGUGUGUGUGUGUGUGUGUGUGCAUACUGAUCCCCAGACGUAGAACUCAGGGUGUCGCUGGUCAGAGGUAGGAGCUGGUUGGCGCUGAUGGGUGGUGCUGACAGGUGGUGCUUGUGUUUGACUCUUGCCUUUUGGGACGCCCACACACACACACACACACGCACACACACAUGCAGACCUACGUCAUCCGCGGUCGUCUAUUUAUACUCCCUUUGUGUCUUUAAAAGAACAGCGCGACUCUGCCGCACACCGGUGACUCACACCCGCGAGGAGGAAGUUGUGUGUGUGUGUCAGUGUGUGUGUGUUCGUUUGUGUGCGGAUGCAUUCCACCUACUAGUGAGAAAACUUCACCCAAACAGUCAAAUUCAAACUUCAGCUGGAGACACCAGAUGACACCCAGCUCAGCGUUGGUCUCAAGGAUGUUGUACCAGUUCUUCUGUGAUGAAAAUGUUCCACGCAGGCCUCGUGAGUCGCAGGAUCCACAACCAGAUGCCAGUGGAAGCUUUAAGAGGAACAUCUACAAGCACUUUUUACUGAAGAGGAUUGAGCUUUUGACGUCUUGUCUUCUCGAGGACUCUUCAGCUCCUGGAUGAACUGGACGGAGAGCAACAACCCUGCAAUCCCACCGUGUUUACAAAAUGGCAGACAGGAAAAAACUGUUCUGAUGCUUUAUUCCAAAACCCCGCACCCCUUCUCUCCAAUUUCAACUUCCUGUAUCAAUCCUGGAUUAGCCAUCUGCUACGCCACAGACAUGGCUCAACACAUACUGUUUUUCUGAGAUCCGCGGGUCACCCCUGUAAGCCACACGCUGUCAAGCGUGGCAGCCCCACUGCCUUUUCAAAUCCCAUAAUUUCCAUCCUUCCCAACACAUAUCCCCCGCUCACCCACUCCACCGACCCCACCUUCCACCGCCAAUCAAAUCAUCGGGUGAAAUGGAGUCUCACGAAUCAACUGUUGUCGGACAGAAAUGCAUAAAAAAGGAGAAGGCUCCCUUACAGAGGGGCUGGGCGUCGGAGCCUACCGCCUCCUCCAAAAGAAGCACUUUCUCCAGCCCCGAUGCCUCGCGGAACUCUUCCCGUGAGGGCCAGCCCUGCGAUGAGGGCCCUGGUUCGGCCUCCGGGACGCAGCAGAAGUACCCGUCGUCCGGCAUCCCAGGGAAACUGCUUCCGCCGUCACGGGAACCCCAGGGUACGUUUCCUCAGGGGUUUGCCAGGGGUUUCUCCUACCAGCUCGGUCAGCCAUACCCCCAGCACCCCCAGGCAGAGCGCUUCCACUCGGGGGCCAAACCCCAACCGGGCCUGGAGCCCCACGCCUGGCCCUUUGCCGGUCAGCUGCCCUCGGACGAACUUUACCCCGCAGGGAACCUGGGACACCCGCACAGGGCAGCGGGAGGGAGGUUCCCUCGGCAGAAAUCCCCCAGUUUGCCAAGUUCCUUCGGACAGUAUUCCCAGUCGAGCCUGGAUCCCAGCGAUGAGGGCUAUGGCAAGAAGGACCAGAAGCCCAAAAAGCCCGGUAAGUACAUCUGCCACUACUGCGGCCGGGCCUGCGCCAAGCCCAGCGUCUUGAAGAAGCACAUCCGCUCGCACACGGGGGAGAGACCCUACCCCUGUGUGCCCUGCGGGUUCUCCUUCAAAACCAAGAGCAACCUUUACAAGCACCGCAAGUCCCACGCUCACGCCAUCAAGGCCGGCCUGGUGCCGUUCUCGGAGAUGGGACUGGUGGGCCGUGGGGGGGAUCUGGACCUGGCCGGCGACGUCCAAUCGGACGGCGAGCAGAGCACGGACACGGAUGAGGAAGGAUUGGAGGGCUCCACAAUGCUGAUGGAGAAGGAGAACCCCGGGCCAAAGAUCUCCUUCGUGUCUGACAAAAGAGCAGGUGGGGUGGAACCUGCCUAUGCUGAUUCAGCGGAACAGAUGUCCAUGGGCUCCAUGAAGGUGCCCAUCCUGAUCGUCCCUAGGCCAGGAGGGGUCCCCUCUCCAGCGAUGGAGUGCCCUUCCUUCCCUGAUAUGAAGGGUCCACCGCACCACAUGCCCGGCUCCCAGGCUGAGGCCCUGGGAAACCCUGCGGAGGACUCUCCAACCAUCAAACAGCGGCUGGCCUUGAGGCUGAAGCAAGGCCAGGAACCGGACUCGACCCAGUCCCAGACCCAAAACCUCCUCAGCCCCCACAGCAAGGGCAGCACGGACUCUGGGUACUUCUCCCGCUCGGAGAGCGCAGAGCAGCAGAUCAGCCCGCCCAACACCAACAGCAAGUCAUAUGAGGAGAUCAUCUUUGGACGGACUCACCAUGGGCCCACCUCUCGAUCCGGACAGUCCAUCACGGUGUCCAUGGCCGGUGGCGUGGCUCAGGUGGAUCCCAGUAGUCAGGCUUGCCUCAAGAAGUCUGGCGCUGUUCUGGAGAUGGGGAGGAUAGCGGAGGACUUUUAUAAGGGGGACGGAGGAAUCUCUGGAGACCCCAAGCAGUAUGCGACCGGCCCCUGCCAGAGCAGCACGGGGCUUCUGGAACCUCCCUCUGACUCGGCGACCCUUACUCGGAGCAACUCCAUGCCAACGUCCUCUCCGACCAACCUCAGCGUGCCGACCCGGAUCCAGGGCAGCCAGUCCUUCGACGAGAUGAUGACGUCGGACGACGUGUUCUACCCGGCCGGCCUGCGCAGACUCCAGAGGCAGGCGGCCUUCGAGCUCACCCACCACGAGGCCCACGCGGUAGAGGCCGAGGUGUACGGCCACGUGCCCAAAAACGUGCUCAUCGCAAUGGGCCCCAAGAUGGGGGAGCGCAGCCCGGGCCUCCCAGAACACAUCGCCUACAGUCCCUAUGGGACGAAAGUCGGGAUGGCGGAGAAUGCCACGAGGAAGAGGAGGAAGCAAAAGAGUGUCGGGGAUGAGGAGGACAGCCCCGGCCAGUGUGACAGCAGUUGCAGUGGCUCGGUGGAGAUGAUCGGGGACUAUGACUCCAAACACGGGAGCAUGGACGGAUCCAGGGGCACCCCUACAGGGAAGGGCUCUCUAUACAGCGCACACAGUCAAUCGGACAGCUUUGACACCUGUGCCAGCAUGUGCUCUGAUGACAUGGUGCUUCUCCCGGACUCGGAGGGCAGAAAGGCGGUGGCCAACGUCAUAUCAGUCAUCCAGCACACCAACUCCCUGAGCCGACCCAACUCCUUCGAGAAGUCUGAGUCCUUUGAUCAGCUGGCCUAUCACCCCGCGGAGAAGGCCCUGUGCAGCCAGUACUCGGAGCAGUCGGACCCCGACAUCUUUGAGGACGCCCUGAGCCCCGAGUCCACCAUGCAGCGGACGGAGAGCAUGGAGCAGCAACUGUUGAGCGACAGCGACCUCGCCUCCGUCUCCUCGUCCCCGAGCACGACAGCCUCUCCCGGACAGCCCUACCACAUCCCCCACAAGCUGGUGCGGCAGCCCAACAUCCAAGUCCCCGAGAUCAGGGUGACGGAGGAGCCGGACAAGCCCGACAAGGAGACGGAAGCCUUGCUGGCCAGCGAGCCCGAGAGGCAGGAGAAGCAGCAGCAGCAGCUGCCACACGUGAUGGAGGAGUUCCAACUGCCCCAGAGGAGCGACACGCUGUCCCAGAUGCCCUCCGAGAAGCUGCCGCCGAAGAAGAAGCGUCUGCGCCUGGCGGACAUGGAUCACUCGUCAGGGGAGUCCAGCUUCGAGUCCACCUGCACCAGCCUCUCCCGCAGCCCCAGCCAGGAGAGCAACCUCUCCUACUACUCCUCUUUCUCCAUGUCGUUCGAACGAGAGGAGAACCUUAAGUCUGGGUCGCCGACAAAGCAGGAGGACGCUUCAAGCUGCUGCGGUACGGGUACCGCUAGCAAGCAGUCGGAGUUCCUGACGGUGCCGGGCAGCGGCCACUCCAGCCACCACCAGCAGAGGGAGAUGAGGAGGUCUUCGUCGGAGCAGGCGCCCUGUGCUCUCGCCACCGAGUUCCCUGAAAUGCGCAGCAAGUCCUUCGACUACGGGAGUCUUUCGCCGGGGUCCAGGCAGGGGGAGAUGUACAGCAGUGCGUCCGCCAUGAAGGAGCGACGACGAGGCUAUCUUGUCCGACAGGCGUCACUCAGCGUGUAUCCGGAGGCGGGCCCACCGGAGCCCGGGCCAGGGGAGUCCUCGGUCAGACCGGAUCCGUCGGACCACGGGUCCUGGCCGGGUCAGGGGGGACCGGGUCCGACCAGCGCCGAGCUGGUCAACAAGAUCAAAAGGACCUCAGUCGGGAGUGGUGGCCUGGCCUCCCUCCAUCAGCACCUCUUGCAGAAGAGCAUCAGUGAGGACAGCCUUCAGGACGGCCCAACCAAUCAGAGGUCCUCCCACCACCGCCUGCAGAAGCAGGGCUCCUCCAUGGACUCGGACCCCCAAGGUCAAGAGGUCGCGACCUACCAGGCCCACCAGCCCUCGGGCCCGCCCUUCUGGGCCCCGGAGGGGGCCCCCGCCCAGCGGCCCCGCCUGCACCAUGGCUUCCAGGCGCCACAGCAGUAUCCUAAUCCCCACAGCCGGGCCGCGGCCGACAGCCAAUCGGAAGGCUGCAACCCCCCCCAGGUUUACUCAGCGUCGCGAGCUUCCUCACACAACCCAGCGCAACACCAACAACAACAACAACAACAACAACAACAACAACAACAACAGCUGUUCCGCUCGCUGUCCCCUAAGCUCUCCAGCUCCUCCUCCUCCACCUCCUCCUCCCCCUUCUCCUCCGGUCCUACGCUGCUCCAGCAGGUCCAGCCGCUCUUCGCCGCCCAAGCGCUGACGGGUUUCCAGGCGACGGCGCAGGGCGUUGUGGUGCCGGUGCGCGUCCCCACCCACGUGCCGUCUUAUGGCAGCGUGACGUACACCAGUGUCAGCCAGCUGCUGACCAAUCACAGCGGGGGCGGAGGAGGCGGACAGGGGCUAAUCAGGUUGGGAGGCACCAGCACCACUUGCAGUGCCGUGGGCGUCGCCGUCGCGGUCGCCCAGGCGACCGGCGGGAUCUCGGGGGGGAUCAGCGGGACAGGCUUCAACCUGUUCAACUUCCUGGGUCAGCCCGACAUGGCGGGCGCGGCGGCCGCGUUGCUGCGGCAACACCCGCUCUCCUCCUCCUGCGACGCGUCGCCGGGGCAACGGCUCACCACGGGCAUCCCGUUGUCGCUGACGACGGGCACGGUGUCCACCACGGACGCGUCGGGGGCUGGGAUAGGCGGCAGCAAGCGCAUGCUGUCCCCCACCGGCUCCUCGGAGCUCUUCUUCCAAACCAAGCAGCAGAAGCGCGUGAAGGAGGAGCGCAUGUACGGCCAGAUUGUCCGCGACAUGAGCGCCGUGGAGCUGAGCGGGGCCGGGGGCCCCGCGGCCGCUGGCCCCCCGCGGCUGAAGAGCGAGGGCUCCGCGGACGAGCCGCCGGAGAGGAUGACCUCGUCCCCGCCCGCCACGAUCUCCGUCCCGGUGCGCUCCUCGGCGCCCCACCUCCCCGACAUCCCCCCCGCCGAGAGCUUCACGCCGCCGCUCCAGAUCGUCACCGACGCCGCGCCGGGGCCCCCGGCGGGCGGCCGCGACUCCCCCGAGGCCCUGGACGUGGACCCGGCCUCCUCCAGCCCCGAGCGCUGCGGCAGCCCCCAGUCCAUGGCCUCGCUGUCCAACGACGAGGCCGACGACGGGGAGCCCACCGGGCCCACGCCGGCCGCCGACGAGGGCCCCCCCGCGGCGGCGGGGCCGCCGGCGCGGCCCGCGGCGCGCUCGCCCUCGCUGGCGGCCGAGGUCCAGCGGCUCCUCCAGUUCCCCAGCCUGCGCACGGCCACCGCCGUCAGCUGGUGCUUCCUCAACUACACCAAGCCCAGCAGCGGGGAGGCGGAGUCGCCGCGGGCGUCGGCGUACGCCUCGUGGUGCGUGAGUGCCUACAACCCCAACCCGCUGGGCCUCAGCACCAAGGCGGCGCUGGCGCUGCUGCGGUCCAGCCAGAGGCGGGGGGCCGAGACCUACAGCACGGCAGCCAUGGGCCCGCCCAGCUCGGGCAAGCUUGUGUCCUCCGUGUCCUGGAGGCUGCGCUUCGACCAGUUGAAACCAGAGCUGAUGCCGGUGGAGGUGUGUAAGCUGGUGAGGAAGAUGAAGGGGGUGGUGUCCCGGGAGAGAUCCAAGGAGGAGCAGAGCGAGAAGGAGGUUUCCACCAAACCCAUCCCUGUAGAACACACCCGCAUCAAGAUCUUCGAGGGCGGGUACAAGUCCAACGAGGACUACGUGUACGUGCGCGGCCGCGGCCGAGGGAAGUACAUCUGCGAGGAGUGUGGCAUCCGCUGCAAGAAGCCCAGCAUGCUGAAGAAGCACAUCCGCACGCACACCGACGUCAGGCCCUACGUCUGCAAGUUCUGCAACUUCGCCUUCAAGACCAAAGGGAACCUGACCAAGCACAUGAAGUCCAAGGCGCACAUGAAGAAGUGUCUGGAGCUGGGGGUCUCUGUGUCUGCAGUGGAGGACAUAGACGCAGAGGACGGAGAUGUUGGCGAGGAGGGCCAGAGGGGUUCUGGGAAGGCCGGGGGAGGCAACAUGGCCGACCACCAGUUCUCCGACGCCGACGACUCGGACGGCGGGGACGACGACGGAGACGACGUGGACGACGACGACGACGACGACGACGACUACGACGGCGACUCCACGCCCAAGUCCCGCUCGCGCUCCACCAGCCCGCUGCCGUACGGGCUGCCCUCGAUGUCCCUCACCUCGCUGGCCGCCUCCCACCCGCACCUCCAUCACCACGGCAACGCCUCUGCCGCCGCCGCCGCCGACCUCCUCGGCCACGCGGGCAAGCCGCCGCUUUUGGGCUACCUCACCACCGUGCCCAGCAUCCAGAUCACGCCGCAGGCGGACCGGGAGGCCAGCCGGGCGCAGUACCACCGCGCCCUGCAGGGGGCGCUGGGGGGCCGGCUGCUGGCACCGCCCUGCUCCUCCUCCUCGAUGGACGAGGACCUCCCCUCCCCUCCGCCGGACCCCUACUCCUCGUCCUCCCGCCUCUCCUCCCCGGGGCUGGACCCCGCCUCCUCCCCCUCCUGCUCCCCCUCCUCCUCCCACUCCUACUCGCCGGGGCGGUACCUGUCGCCCCGCCGCGACCUGUCGCCCUGCGCCGGCCGGCUCUCCCCCCGCCGGGACCUCUCGCCGCUCAGGCACAUCUCCCCCAAGAGGGAGCUGGGCGUGGGGGGCUACCGCCGGGAGCUCUCCCCCAGGAGGGAGCUCUCGUCGCGGGGACACCUCUCGCCCACGGCCUCCGCCCUCUCCAGCCCCGGCUCCCCCUCCGGGAGGGACUACAAGCGGGACUUGUCCCCGCGGGGCCGGCAUAGGGGCCCCAUGCGUCCGCUGUCCCCUCGGCGAGGACUCCACCACCACCACCACCACCACCUCCAAAGCCACCAGACAGGCCAGCACGGUGGCCCGUGGAACCCCAGACAGGGCCACCAGCCUGGGCAGGGGAGCCAGGGAGAGCUGGGGGACCUGGGACAUCCAGCUGGCUCUGGAGCUCAGAUGGAGAUGGACCACAGGGCGGGUCCCAUGUCGUCAGGGCAACAGGACCAGGGCCGUAGCCAUGGUCAGCCGUCAAGCCCGCCCCACCAGGUGCUGUUUAGCCACCUCCCCCUCCACUCCCAGCUCCAGGUACGCUCCCCAUUCCCAAUGGUUCCCAUCGGAGGAAUCCAAAUGGUACACUCCAUCCCAGUCUCCCUCACGUCUGGCCACGCCCCGCCCGACCACGGCCACAUAUCGUCCUCCAGACACGCCCACAUCCCCGCCGACCAAGCCCACAUAUCACCCUCCACCAGACACGCCCACCCUCCAGCCGGACAGGCCCACAUAUCCACGAGACACGCCCACAACUCGCCUAGCCACGCCCACUCUGCCCAGCAGGCGUCUCAUCCUCAUCAUCAUCAUCAUCAGCAGCAGUCGCCUCGCCUGCCGUUCCAGAAGAGCGGCUCGGAUGACUCCUGCGAGGUCACUUCCUGUCAUCUCAGCGGCUCCUCCUCCGAUAGGGGAGGAGCCGCCGGAGGAGGCGGCGGCGCCGAGUGGCCGGGAGACACGCCCCCGAGGGACGCGGGGAGGUCGCCGUCGGUGGGCGGGCGCGGGGAGGAGGGCGGGCCGGAGCAGGAAGAGAGCGUCCUCACGUGCACCGAGGCCAUCGCGUCCCUCUGCAUCGACGGCCUGGAGGGCGGCGCCAGAGACCCUCCGCUCGCCUCCCCCCAACCCCGGCCCCCGUCUCCCCCGCUCCCCGCCUCCCCCAGGGCCUCCCGCCCCAGGAGGAGUCAGCAGCACUUUACCGACCCCCACCCGCCGCCCCACGCCCACCCCAAACCCAACCCCGAACACACGUCCCCCCCCAACAGCACCGGCCCCGCCCAGACUGCCCCCACCCCUAAGCCCCACGGCGGAGGCCCGAAGGUGGGCGCGGGGUCCGGCCGGCCAGCCUCCCGACCCCUGGCCCCGGAGGAGAGGGAGAGGGAGAAGUGAGGCCCCGGACGCUGCCGGCUGCCGGCGGCGGUGGCGGCGGCGGCGCUGGAGAAGGUUUAUUUGUUUGCUGGUGCAACAGAAAAGGAGCACCAGCAAUAGAAGAAGAGAGACAAAGAGUCAGAGAGAGAGAGAGAGAGAUGGGGGGGAGGAACGAGGAACCUUUGCACACGCACGAAAGUGCACGUCAGGCGUGGAUGUGGGUCGAACCAACGAACACGGGAGGGAGCGGAGGCUCCCGGUGGGAAGGUAGGCCCCCAGCGGCGUGGAUCGGUUUGAGGGCCUGUCGCCACGUUGGAUCUGCGGUUGAAGCAAACCCAAAAAAGCUGUUGCUUUUUUGAUUUUCUAAUUUAUCGAAACUGACCAAAAUGGCCUCUCGGGGGAAUGGUGUGGCGGUGUGGUUCAAAGGGACAGCGUCGCGUGUGCCUUUUCAUGACAUGUUCUGUUUUGUUGUUCCUUUUUUGGCGGCUUAUAUUUUGUAUAAGCUCAGCGAUCACGUCGCUUACUGUACAUAGGACGUCCUGACGUUUUGUCUACUCGCUUUGUAUGAAACGCAGUCCCUGACCCCCUGACCUUUGCCCCCUACGCGUGUCCAUUGACUGUUCCGUUGGUUUUUUUUGUUUUUUGUUUUUUUAAAUCUCCUUAAGUCUCAGCAAGCGAUGUGAAGUUCUGGAUAUUUACGAUCAUACCUAAGGUUGCACUAAAACAUAUUUUUAUAAUGGGUGACAUUUUUAAAAACUGGCUUUUUUUUGGUGUACAGCAGCAAUUAUAUCCAAAAACUAUUUAUUAUUGGUACUAUGUUUCAUAAAUUGUACAUUGCUUUUUCUUAAAUGUCGUGGAUGCCUUUUUCUAUGUAAAGCAUGGCUUUUGCUAUCGCUUUGAUUAGGGCAAGGGUACGUUCUCUGUGUAACGUUAGGCUUUAAAUGUUAGACCUGACACGUCGACGUGAGGCCCCACUCUAUAAGAGGUGCACAUAUAUAGAAGUACAGACUAUCAACUAUUUAACCCACUUACGAAUACACACACAAAUAUAUAUAUAUAUAAUGUAUAUCUAUCAGCCAAUCUAUCUAUCAAUCUAUCCAUCCAUCUAUCUAUCUAUCUAUCUAUCUAUCUAUCUAUCUAUCUAUCUAUCUAUCUAUCUAUCUAUCUAUCUAU